CCAAGAGAAGCAGAGGCUGAAUAUAGAGAGAGGCAGAUACACAGAGACUGACAAUUAGAUUGUCUGCACUGGGGGCGGGGGGUCUGCCCUCUGUCUGGGCAUCCUUCCCGGCGACUACAACCUCUGAGCCAGUGCUGGAAUAAUGCAGGAUGAUCUACCUCUUUUGCAAGCCACUGCUUGCUUAACUGAACGGACGUUACUAGAGAACGCAGACUUUUUUGGUGUGGAGUCCCGCUCCAUCUACGUAUGCAAGUCAAAGCGGGCAAUGAAACCAAAGGAAGCCUAUAAACUACCACACAGACUGGUCGAGAAGAAAAGACGGGAUAGGAUUAACGAAUGCAUUUCGCAGCUUAAGGAUCUGCUGCCCGAGCACCUGAAACUGACGUCAUUGGGGCAUCUGGAAAAAGCUGUAGUACUGGAAUUAACACUGAAACACUUAAAGGCAUUGACCACUUUAACAGAGCAACAGCAUCAGAAGAUUAUUACUUUGCAAAAUGGGGACCGUGCCUUGAAAGGUGCCACACAGUCAGAUCUGGAUGCCUUCCAUUUAGGAUUUCAGACAUGUGCCAGGGAAGUGCUGCAACACCUGACCAGCUUCGAAAACUGGACUCCGAAGGAGCAGCUGAUUGGCCACUUGCACCGUGCUGUCACCCAUCUCCGAGCCAAUGGGGAGAUGCCGACCUUGGGGGCAGGGCAGGCCGAUGCUCAGGUGGUGGUGGCGGUGGCGCCAGGCCAGGCCGGUCCCGGUGGCAACUGUGUCCCGGUCAUCCAGCGGACACAAGUGGUGGAGCACACUGGGAGCGACACGGACACUGACAGUGGCUAUGGAGGAGAAGGGGAGAGGGGUGAGGGGAGAAGUGAGAAGGAGUUGACUCCAUGUGACACAUUCAGCCGGACUUGUGACAUUAAACAGGAGACCGAUGACCGACCAGCCAAAAGGGUCAAAGUUGAUCUGGCAGGUCACGUGACCGGCUCUGAGGAAGGCCUCAAGCCUGCUGUUCACCCGAUGAUGGGGAUUGGCAUGAUGCCCACGCUUGGUCAGCAGCCCCCUUUCUGUGUGCCCUUUUAUCUCAUCAAUUCCUCGGCAGCUGCUCCAUACGUGCCCUUUCUGGACAAAGCCAACCUGGACAGAUGCUGGUACCCAGCUCCCAUUCCAGUCCUUUACCCUGGCAUUCCUGCCAUUUCAGCCUUGCCACCCAAUAGACUCCUCUGCCAGGACCUCUCCCCGGGCACAGGCCCUGGUUUGCCGCCCCGUGCGUGUGGGUCCGAGGCAACUGGGCUCCUUCUCCCAGCAGAAGGAGUUUUGAGCCCAGAUCUGGAGCCACGGCGAUCACCAGACAGCAAGUCCUGAAGCAGCCACCAUGCUCCUAUUGUUCCCCUCCAUUCUCGCUCCCCACGUACCAAACUAUAGAACUAGGCAGCAAACCUCACAGAGAGGCGUAGAGGUGGAAGGAAGUGAGGUCCAAAAUUAACAACCAUACACAGAACAUGCAGUUUGAGGCUACACAAAUUAGCAAUCUCAGUUCUGACAGUGGGUAAAGAUCAACUUGGAUUAGACUCAUGUAAAGUACAAGAGCCAUAGAAUCUUACAUACAGAGGGGGCCUUUGACCUAUUAAGUCUGUACCACCAUUUUCCUACGCUAGAUUCAUACUCUUCGAAUUGGGGUUUAACCCUUGUUUGUGCUGAGUAAUUACCUGGCAGUCACUUUGCAGAUUAACCUCUCCCUCCUUUCAAUACUUGUGUUCAUGUCCCACACCUAAAAAUGCUGGAGAAGCUGUCAUAUUUUUCUUUCUCCAUUAGUUUGCGUUUGAUGCCUGUUUGACUUAAAAGAUUUCACAGCCCGAGUAAAGGUUUAAAAACAGCAUGUUCUGCAUUUCCCUCUGCCGAUGUUUAAAACAAGAAGACAGAAUGAGCAGAGGGGAUUUCUCCAGUGUGCCGAGAACGCAAACCAUUUGGAUCUUCACACCUUUACUUCUGAGUUAAAUACAGAUUUCAGAGAGAUCACUGCCUUGUGCCCAUCAGUUCAUGGCUGACUGCCUGCCUCAGUCCUGCUUGGAAUUAUGUGUUAACUCUUGUGGCCUAUUUGUUUCAGAGAUGAAAGUUGCUGGGCGCAUUUAAUGCUGUUUGUCUCCUGCAGCCCUCUUUCUGCUGUUCAGUUGGAGAAUUGAAAGUCGCAGUUGAGAACCUCAUCACCCAGGCCGAGGAGAUGGUGGCCUCAGUAAGACCUAUUUUUAGUUGUUGCCAAGGCAGCUGGUUUGGUGAUGCUGUGCGGGGUUAUGUAACAGCUGAGAGAAAUUCCUGCCUGAGCGUGAUCCAACACUUGUACUCAUCCUGAUUACAUUGCUGUUGCUGAAUGCCUGACAUGCUGUGUCCUACAAUAUUGUGAAAUACAUAUAUUGCCUCAAGUAGAUUUUGUUUGUGUACUGUAAAUAGUUUGUGAAUAAUGAUGAAUAUUGUCUGAUAUGCUAUUUUUGUAUGGGGAUAAUGGCACAUGACAACCCCUGAAUAUUUUGUUUUGAAUGAACUGAAUUUUAUGAAGAGUUGUUCAAUAAUGUUUUGCACUUCUUGUUAGUGCUUUACUGCUUAUGCAAUAUUAAGUUAUUAUAAUAAAUAUUGUCUGCAUUUUAAAAGAUAAAAACUGAUUCACUCCCAUUAUAACUUUAGAGUAAAGUGUGUUCCUUUUCUUUACUAAAAGGUCCAGAGAGGCAGUUAGAUUGCACAGACGGUGGGGCAUAUCUGUAGAGGGAGUGCCAGAGGUAGUGGUUGGGGCAAGUACAAUUUUUGUCAUUUAAGAAACAUUUGGGGAGGUACAUGGGCAGGGUAGAUAUGGAAGGAUACGGACCAGACGUAGGCAUGUGGGACUAGUUUACUUGUGAAAACUGGGCAGCACGCACAAGUUGUGCCGAAAGGCCUGUUUUCAUGCUGUGAACUUCUAUGACCGUAUGUCUAAAUGAAUUGCACAUGGCUGGAAUCUGUUUAAAAUUCUUGCAGUCUACAGCUAAAGAAUUUCAUCAAUGCGGAUUUUAGAUUUGGGAAUACCGAAAAGGGCAGUCGUGUGCAACUGGUCAACUCCUACGUAUUUUAAAAUUUAGAAUAAAGCUGCAGAGAGAUGGAGACACUCAGUCAGUUUGAAAGGAGUUGUGUUGGAUUCUUAAGAGUUCUAUUUAUAUUUGCAGUCCUGCAUUGAUUAUGGUUGUCAAUCAGUUGGUGAUUUCCACUUCAUCUGAAAGUAAUAGUGUUAAUGAGUCAAUGUGAAAGUUGGCAAUAUGCUAAAAACUGAUAAAUAUGCAAAUAUUGCUAUCAACAAAUGGAGUAAAUUAUAUAAGCCACUUGCGAAAUCCAUUAUUAUUGGAAAUGAAUGUAAAACUGGGUCCAAAAUGAUGGUCAUCCUCAUAUUGCACUUUCAGUUGGUUUUGGAUGAUAUUGUAGGACUGACUAAGGUAAAGAGAUAGUCCUAGUGAUCUAGGGUAUGAAUUUUGUAAGUUGCACAUUUGUUAUUUGUAUUAAAACAGGACUAAGUGCUUCACAAGAGCUUUAGAAAAUAAUACAGACAAACCUGUGUAAUGUACUAGAGCAGAUGACCAAAGUCAUGGUCAAAGAGUUGGUUUAAGGACAGUCUUAAAGGAGGGAAGAGAGAUAGAGUAGUUUUAGGAGGGAAUUCUAAAGCUAAUUCUUGGCAGAUGAAAGCAUAGCUUCUAGUGUCGGGGCUAUUGAAAUCUGUUGAUGAGCAAGGGGCCAGAAUUGGAGGAAAUCAGCAAACUUGGAGCAUUGUGGAGGAGAUUCUUAAGAGGCCAUUGUCCACGCCCUGCCGUUUCAGCUCAUAGCUGAUCAUCUACCUCAAUACCACCUUCCUGCACUAGCUCUAUAUCCCUCAAUAUCAGUAGUCUCUAGAGAUGUAUCAAUGAAUGAACUUGAACACGUUUAUCAGUGCAUGUCUUUAACACAUUCAACGAUUGAACUCCUUAGGCCUCUGUGGGAGUGAAUUUCAAAGAUUCCCCACUCCCUGAGUGAAGGGGAAGCAAUGGCCUACUGAUAGAUUUUUAAUCCCCACACUUAGGUAAUGACCUGGGUUUCAACCCCACUGUGACAGAUGGUGGAAUUUGAAUUCAAUUAAAAAUAAAAUCUGGAAUUGAAACUAUAAUGAUGACCACAAAUGUUAUCGAUUGGCAAAAAAAAUCUAUCUGGUUCCCAGAUCUCCUUCAGGGAAGGAAAUUGUCAUUCUUACCUGGUCUUACUAAAUGUGAGUCCAGACCAUCCAGAGAGAUGGGCAAUAAACGCUGGUCCAGCAGUGAUGCUCACAUUUCAUGAAUGAAUGUGAAAAAAGAGAUUCGUUCUCAUCUCAGUCUUAAAUGAACUCCCCCUUAUCCUGAGGCUAUGCCCUGGGGUCCUAGAGGCACCAGACUGGGAAAAUGUAACAAUCGAUAUUUACUUUGUCUCAUCCUGGAGAAGUUCUGUAAGCAUCGUUGAGGUUACCCUUCCUUAUUCUUCUGAAAUCUAAGAAUACCUUCCAACUGCUCAACAUUUGAAAAGAGUUCCUCCCUUUCUGAUAUUCAACCAAAGUGGACAAUUUGACAUGCUUAUUAUUUCAUGUUAUGUUCUACCUGCAAUGUUCUAGCUCAUUUACUAUUUCUGUCCAUCUCUUGAAGCCUCCGUGCACCCUCACUGCUCUCAUUCCCACCCAGUUUGGUGUCAUUGGCAAAUUUGGGAAUAUUGCAAUUGAUCUCCAGAUCCAAAUAAUUUGGAAUCAUUGUGGAGCUAAUGCUGUUCCUCUGGUAUCCCACCCUGAGAGUGAUCUGUUCAGUCCUAUUUUCUGCUUGUUAACCACUUCGAAGUCCAAUUUAGCAUAUUUGCCCCAGUGCCAUUUGCUCUUACUGUUCUGUGGAGAACCUUAUCCAGUGUCAUACCUUUGGGCAGCUCAGUGGUUAGCACUGCUGCGUCACAGCACCAGGGACCCACGAUAAUGAAACGUGAGGCUUGGUGAACACAGCAGGCCCAGCAGCGUCUCAGGAGCACAAAAGCUGACGUUUCGGGCCUAGACCCAGCUUGAUUCCAGCCUUGCAUGACUGUAUAGGGCUUGCACAUUCUCCCCGUGUCUGUGUGGGCUUCCUCGGGGUGCUGCAGUUUCCUCUCAGAGUCCAAAGAUGUUCAGAUUAUGUGGGUUGGCCAUGCUAAAUAUGC